GUUUCCAAUUUGAUCAAUUAGGUUUUCUGGGUACUAUGAAAUUCGUCGCAUUUUCACUAGAUCGACAUCAUCGGAAUUGCUUUCUCGUUCUUAUUUUCUGUUAUUUUAUUUAAUGAUAAGAAAAUAGGUAGACGAACAGUUUCAGAUUGGUGCUUGCAUCUCUCGUAAGCUGUAGAUGAUAAAGAAGCUCACUUUGUGGAGUGGGUUGGUUCCGUUGGCUUUUGACUUAUUAUGGAAUCUAUGCAACAAGAUAUCAUUCCAGGAUUACCAGAUGAUUUGGCUUUGAGAUGUCUAGCCAAGGUUUCACAUGGUUACCAUGGACUGCUUGAAACUGUCUCGAAGAGGUGGAGAGAUUUGUUCCGCAGCUGUGAGUAUGGUAAUUAUAAAGCAGGACAAGGAUGGUGUGGAAAUUGGCUGUUUGUUCUCGCUGAACGUUCUAACAACCAGUGGAUUGCUUAUGAUCCUGAUGCUGAUAGAUGGCAUCCCCUGCCAAAGAUUCCAACGGUCCAAGAUGGCUGGCAGCAUUUUGGCUUUUCAUGUGUUUGUGUAUAUAAUUGGUUGCUUGUAAUUGGGGGCUCCUUUGCACCAACUGGUUCGGCAUUUUCCCGUCAAUCACCUGUGAUAACCAAUGAUGUUAUGCUGUUUGACCCAUGUAGGAAACAAUGGACCAGGGUAGCUAGCAUGAGGACACCACGAUCUCAGUUUGCAUGCAGUGUUAUCUCUGGUAAGGUUUACGUUGCUGGAGGGUGCAACUUAUCUCACAGGAAAGGGCUUGCUCUUGCCGAGGUUUAUGAUCCAAUGACAGACAGGUGGGAGGAAUUACCACCAAUGCCUAGCCCACAGCUGGACUGCCUAGGCUUGUCAUAUAAAGGUGAAUUUCAUGUUCUAAGUGACCUAGUAGGUUUGGGAGAGCAGAAUACAUCUGAAGUUUUCAGUCCUUCAAAAAAGACAUGGUGCACAGUUGAAGAUAUCUGGCCUUUCUCAAGGGCAAUGCAUUUUGCAGUUCAGGUGAUGGGAGAUGAUCAAGUAUAUACUGUUGUAGAUCGGGGUGAGAGUUUGGUUAAAACAAGGGAUACAGAAAAAGGAGAGUGGUAUAAUGUUGGUUCAGUUCCUUCAGUGAUUCUUCCUUACCAUUCACGAGCAUUGGAGGCAUUUGGUUAUGGUGUUUGCACACUGAGACGUGAAUUAUACGUUCUUGGAGGUAAGGUUCUAAAGUGGGAAGAAUAUGGAGCUGGGAGAUUUGAUAUUGUAAGUUUGGAUGUGGUGAGGGUUUGCAAUCCUUUAGAAAGGCCUUUAAAGUGGAGGGAAAUUAGGCCCAUAUGUGGGUCAGCAAGUGGCUCUAUACUAGGCUGUGCAUCCCUGGAAGAAAUAUGUUUUUCUUGAGUGAGGUAAAAUGUUUUUCUCUUGAUGUACUGCUUUUAAAGAAGUCUUUAGUCUUGGAUUAUAAUGAGGGUUUAAUGACAAAUAAGAGGUCAAUUGCUCUGAGUCAGCCUUGAACAACUUUUCAAGUCAAGCCUCUAUUUACUGUUGUUUCUUCAGGCAUUACUCGAUAUUUCAGAGGAUGUCCUAGCAUUCUCCAAAGGAGUUCUCUCACUGAUCAUGCAUGCUGUAAUAACUAAUAAAACUAACUGCAAAUGUUUCCUUCUGUCUAACUUUCUUCUCACUUCUUAGCAUCCUAUUUAGUAUUUAGUUUUUCAGUGGUUGCACUGGGUACUACAAACAUUUUGCUUAUUUCUUCUUAUUUGAAAUGCUAAUCAUGUUUUUCUUUUGCGGCAAAGAAUGAACACUUCUAUUUCACUCCUGGACAACUGCAUUGCCUAAUCAUAGUUACAAACUUCUGAAUUAUGUUUUCUAGUGAUCUGAAUCUUCUGAGACUGCAGUAUGCUAUUAACAUGCAUGUUUCAUUUGAUAUCUUUUAAUAAUAUUUUGCCUCGAGUUUCUCAAUUACUCUUCAUUUAGAUGGGAUUGCACCAGGGAGUUGUCACAUUAUCCUUCCAUGAACAGUUGACAAAUAUUUUGGUGGAUUCAACUUCUUGGCAUGAUUUCAUGUAGCAACAGUCAUCACCAAGAUGGACUCCAGGGGAAGGAGUUGCCCCUCGUCUGUGAGCUUGUUCAUAUAUUAGACUCACUUAUCAUUAAAAAAAUCCGUCUGUAUUAACGGCUCAUCAAAUUUGCAAAAAGAAACAGCUUUCAUGAUACUCUUAAAGAAUUGUUGUGAUGUAUUUUGUUAAACUUGAAAUGCUCAUUGUUUUCUGAU